AAGCUCAGAGUCGUUGGAGGCGAAAAUCAUCAGAUCUAGCUCUAUAUUUCUCUCAUCUAAGCCAUGUCAAGGAGAAAGGUUAGGGAGCCCAAGGAGGAGAAUGCUACCCUUGGACCUGCUGUUCGAGAGGGCGAGUAUGUUUUCGGAGUGGCUCACAUUUUUGCUUCAUUUAACGACACAUUUAUUCAUGUGACUGAUUUGUCUGGAAGGGAAACAAUGGUUCGCAUCACUGGUGGCAUGAAGGUGAAAGCCGAUAGAGACGAGUCUUCCCCUUAUGCUGCCAUGCUUGCAGCCCAAGAUGUUUCUCAACGCUGCAAGGAGUUGGGUAUUACUGCCCUUCAUAUAAAGCUAAGAGCAACUGGAGGGAACAAGACCAAGACACCUGGUCCUGGUGCGCAGUCUGCACUUAGAGCCCUUGCUCGUUCAGGCAUGAAAAUUGGACGCAUAGAGGAUGUUACCCCAAUUCCCACUGACAGUACUCGUAGAAAGGGUGGUAGACGUGGAAGAAGGCUGUGAUAUGCUCAGAAUUUCUGUUUUAAACAAUUUUCGGUUUAGAUUCAAGCUUGUUUCGCUCUUUUCUAUUGUUGGACAAUAGUUCUGUAGUGGAUUUUGAUGGUAAUUUGUAGACAAAAGUUAUGGAACUCUUUUAAGUUGAGCUUAUAUUG